UAUAACACCUGUUUCUAUUUGUAAAUGGUUGAGGAGCAAGAUAAAUUUCUUCCAAUAGCCAAUGUAGGGCGGAUUAUGAAGUACAUCCUCCCCCGGAAUGCAAAAAUUUCGAAAGAAGCCAAAGAAAGAAUGCAAGAAUGUGUGACAGAGUUUAUAAGUUUUGUAACCAGUGAAGCAUCAGACAAGUGUCACAAGGAGAAUCGAAAAACAGGGAACGGAGAUGACCUUUGUUGGGCUCUCAGUUCAUUAGGGUUUGACAACUAUUCUGAGGUUAUGUUAAGGUACCUGCACAAGUUUAGAGAGUUCGAAAGACAGAAGUCUGAACAAAACAAAGCCUCGAGCAGUGAAGAGAAAGAUGAAGUAAUGAGCUAUGGGCUCAGCCUGAAGCCAGAAACUUUUGUCCCUAUAGAUUUCGAAAUACUCAACAAGGGGGAAAACUCAUCCGCUAAUCGAAGUAAGAGAUGAGUAAAUAUUGUUUAGGAAAUUUUCUCCCCAUGAAUGAACUGUGAAAAGUAUCUUCCAGGUAACUUUUUAAACUUCUUCUUGUAGCUGAAUCCUCGUUUUUCUUGAAAUUUUCGGGAUCGAAUGAAACAAUGUAACUUGUUGCAUCAAUAGUUAAAUCUAUUAUAUAUGUAAUUUGCUGUAGUUUUGAGGAUUGGGGAUUGCAGUCUUUGUUUUUUAUUUAUGGAUGUAUGAUUUAUGGAUAAAUCAUAGACAAAAUUGGAGCA